CUGCGUGUGACAGGGCCGAACAGCGAUGACGGGACCAUCAGAAGCACUUACAGACUGCUGGGAGCCGUGUCCCUCCUCCAGCUGCUCAUCACUGUUUGUCUGCAGCUCAACAACUUCAGACAGAGACAGAGAGCCAGGCAGGAGUGGAAGCUCUACAGGAACCUCAGUCCCCAGCGUACACAGAGCUUAAGAUCCAGAGUUUCCCGCUGUAUCCUCUGCCUGGAGGAGAGGAGACACUCCACGUCCACUCCCUGUGGACACCUCUUCUGCUGGGAGUGCAUCACAGAGUGGUGCAACACCAAGGCAGAGUGCCCGCUGUGUCGGGAGAAGUUCCAGCCCCAUAGACUAGUGUACCUGAGGAAC